CGACUUGUCUUAGGCAUGCCGUCGAAACGUCAGUGACGCGCGAGCGGUCGGCGGAAAGACUGUUGGAUAGCGUAGCUGAAGGAAGAGCGCGUGAAAUUAAAAAUCAUUCGGGAAAUGUGGUCGUCGGUGGUCCUGACCAUCUUGGCAUUGUGUGGAGCUCUAGCGAAGACGGUCAAUUUACCGAGUAAUGAAACAGUAUGGCAGUACAGUUUCGAGGUCGAUUAUGAAAAUAAUCAAUUCCUGCUGGAUGGAAAACCCUUCCGAUAUGUCUCCGGAAGUUUUCACUAUUUCCGGGCGCCUAGACAAUAUUGGAGAGAUCGUUUGAGGAAAAUGCGAGCCGCCGGACUUAAUGCGGUUUCUACUUAUGUCGAAUGGAGUCUUCACGAACCAGAACCGGGUCAGUUCAACUGGGCCGGUGAUGCGGAUCUAGUGGAAUUUUUAAAUAUUGCUCAAGAGGAAGACUUGCUUGUAUUGUUACGACCGGGUCCUUACAUUUGCGCGGAAAGAGAUUUGGGUGGUCUACCAUACUGGUUGCUUCGUGAAGAACCGAAUAUAAAGCUACGUACAAAAGAUGCAGCUUUCAUGAGAUACGCCACAUCGUAUUUGAAUCAGGUGUUGGAAAAAGUUAAACCGCUUUUAAGGGGCAACGGGGGACCGAUAAUCAUGGUUCAGAUAGAGAAUGAAUACGGAAGCUACAAUGCUUGCGACACCGAGUAUACGGAUAUGCUGAAAGAAAUCAUUAGCGGAAAAGUCGGAAAUAAGGCUCUCUUGUACACGACGGAUGGUACAUCCGCAUCCAUGUUACGUUGCGGUUUCGUACCCGGUGCAUAUGCCACCGUCGAUUUCGGGGCGUCCGCCAACGUGACCAGCAGCUUUCAAACGAUGCGUCUCUAUCAGCCACGAGGUCCCUUGGUGAAUUCUGAAUUUUAUCCAGGAUGGUUGACCCACUGGGGCGAAGCCUUCCAGAGGGUGAGAACCGAAGCUAUCACGAAGACGUUGAGGGAAAUGCUCGCUCUGGGCGCAUCCGUUAAUAUUUACAUGUUCUACGGUGGUACAAACUUUGCUUUCACUUCCGGCGCCAACGGUGGUGCAGGUUCAUACAGUCCUCAGUUAACUUCUUACGAUUAUGACGCUCCUUUGACCGAAGCCGGAGAUCCUACAGACAAAUAUUUUGCUAUAAGAAAUGUCAUCGGUCAGUAUCUGCCAUUGCCGAACGUGUCUCUUCCGACCGCAUCCCCGAAAGGCAAUUACGGUCCAGUGUUAUUAGAACCGGUGCAAAAGCUGCUCGACAGUCGAUCCCCAUUCGUGGUGAGCUGGGUGAUCGGCACCAAACCCGAAACCUUCGAGCAUCUAUCUGUGAAUCAGGGAUUUGUACUUUACGAGACGGAUUUACCGGCUCCCGAACACGAUCCAGUUAUAUUGCGCGCAACCACGAGAGAUAGGGCGCUGGUUUACGUAGACGGUCGAUUAUCCGGCACCCUGAGUCGCAUAGAUAAGAUAUUCACUCUGCCACUAGAGAGCCCUUACGGUCGCCGUCUGAGUUUAUUGGUGGAGAAUCAAGGACGAUUGAAUUUCGGCAACGAAAUCAACGACUUCAAGGGUAUAUCAGACGUGACUAUAAGCGGAACUCGAUUGACCAAUUGGAAUAUGACGGGCUACGCGUUCUCCGAUCUGUCGUCUCUUCAAGAUUUGACGACCCUAAACAUAGAAAGCGGGACCCUGAAUAACGGUCCGGUAUUUUUACGUGGACGGUUCACGAUCACCGGGCAACCUUUGGACACAUAUCUGGACACUACCGGUUGGGGUAAAGGGGUGGCCUUCGUGAACGGUCGCAAUCUGGGUAGAUACUGGCCGUUGGUCGGUCCCCAAAUAACUCUGUACGUUCCGGCCACCUAUCUUCGUACAGGCGAGAACGAGUUGAUUCUGUUGGAAUUGGAAUACGUGUCGCCGACCAGGAAGAUGAAGUUCCAAUCCGUACCGAAUUUGGGAUGAUCGGACGAACUUGAAACGUUAGAAAUAAAUAAAUGUGGAAAAAUAUGUUUCAUUAUCGUAGAGAUUUUAUGUCCACUACGAAGAAUUCUUAUAAAAUAUAAUUAAUGGAAAAGAGCAUCGGAAUAAAUAAAUUCGUUUCUAUACCUUAUUAAUUAA